GCUCAAAGUCUUUUGUUCUGAUUACGUCAUGUCCAUUUCUCGCUUUCGUCAUUCCACAGGGCAAGUGGCAAAACCACAGAGCCAAUUUCUCAAUGUAUCUUCGUCGAGUGCAAUGUGGGAUGGAGGUAACACAGUCACUUGCAAUGAAAAAUUUGUUGCUGUUCCGUGGCAAACGUUUGGUGGAUGCGCUGUUUUCUCCCACGACGGUGUUGGAAAGGUUGCCCCGAACCCUCCCAUUGUCCUUGGGCAGGAAGGGCCGAUUAUUGAUGUCAGAUUCGACCCGUUUGAUUCCCAGAAGCUUUUUACAGCCAGCGAGGAUGGAACUAUUUUUGGUUGGAGUAUUCCAGCUGGCGGGCUGGAGGCAAAUGUUUCGAAUCCAGUGGUAAUGUUGAAGGGACACAAUAAAAAAUGUGGUAUUCUUGCUUUUCAUCCGAGCGCCAAUGGGGUGUUGGGCUCCGCUGCUGUCGACCGCGUGAUCAACAUCUGGGAUGUGGAGAAGAGUACCGCUGUAACGACUAUUCAUCAUCUCUCUGAUUAUGCGACGGGAUUUGAAUGGAACUUGGACGGCUCUCUAUUCUGCGUUUCGUCUCGGGAUAGAAAGCUACGCAUCUUGGACUCGCACGAUGGCUCUGUGGUGUCUUCCGUCGAAAGUCACUCUGGUGCACGAUCGCAACGUUGUGUAUGGUGCAAGCGGAAAAACAUGAUUAUGACUUUCGGAUGGAACGACAGUCAACAGCGGCAGAUUAAACUUUGGGACACCAGAAAGAUGACAUCCGCAUCCCAAACCGUUGUCUUGGAUCAGUCAAGUGCCGCGUUUAUGCCAGUGUUCGACGAGGACAUUAAUCUCCUGUUUCUUGGAAGCAAAGGAGAGAACAAUGUCAAGUGCUUUGAACUGAUGGAUGACGGCCUGACUUUCAGCUUUGAGGUAGGUACGGCUGACUCCGUUAAAGGCUUGUGCAUGAUGCCCAAAUGGUGUCUUGAUGUGAGGAGAUGCGAGUUCGAUCAGUUGUAUCAGUUGACCUAUCACAGUCUACUCACCAUCGAUAUUGUUUUACCCAGAAAGCAAGCGAACCUUGAAUUUCAGAGUGAUGUUUUUCCGCCAACGUUUGCCGAUCAACCCGCGAUGACGUCCGAAGAGUUUUUUAACGGAGAAGAUGCAGCUCCUCGAGAAUACAAUCUGGGGGCUCUGUUCGACGGUAAAUCUCCUCAACCAUGCGAGUACGUCAAGAAAGCUGCACCGCUUCUGCCGACAAAAAGUAUGGGAGAUAAACACACUGUUGUUCCUGUACAUCGCAAGAAUGAAGCCUUCACCGCUGCCCAACAGAAGAAGAACACUUUUGAAAGCUCUUCGUCGGAGGUUGGUGAUGAUACGAUGCAGUAUGACGAAGUCGGAGCACCAAGAUAUGUGGACCCGCUGAGCGACAUGACUCAACGGGAAAUUGUACACAAAGAAACACGAAUGAAGGAGAUGGUGCGGAAACUGUGCAAGUUUCACGAGGAGAUUGCGGCUCUGCGGAAGGCGUUGGCAGAAAAAGAAGCGGAAAUGCUUGGGGUUCUUGAAGAAAUUCAAGAUCUUUAG